AUGCCGACCGAUGAGUUCCCGAAAGAUGUUGCCUAUCGCAUAAUCAAAGAUGAUCUCGUUUUGGAUGGCAAUCCCAUGCUAAAUAUAGCGAGUUUUGUAACCACUUAUAUGGAGGAUGAGGCCGAGAAACUCCUUUCCGAGUCUUCCAAUAAGAACAUCAUAGACCACGAAGAAUACCCCAAAUCCGUUGAAAUUGAGCACCGCUAUCUCAACAUUCUGGGAGAUCUCUUUCAUUCCCCGACUCAAAAUGGAAAAACUACCGCUGUGGGAACAGCCUGCAUUGGCUCAUCCGAGGCCAUCAUGCUCGCAACCCUUGCUAUGAAGAAGCGUUGGAAGAAUCAACGGAGAGCAGAAGGUAAAGAUUUCUCUCGUCCAAAUAUCAUCAUGAGCACCGGUGUGCAAGUGUGUUGGGAAAAAGCUGCAGUGUACUUUGAAAUCGAAGAGAGACUUGUCCCUUGCACCGAGACACGCUACAUCAUUGAUCCAAUCCAAGCUGUGAAUAUGGUUGAUGAGAACACAAUCGGCAUCUGUGCUAUCCUCGGCACAACUUAUACAGGGCAGUAUGAGGAUGUCAAAGCCAUCAAUGACCUACUCACUCAAAGAGAGUUUGAUACUCCCGUCCAUGUUGAUGCUGCUAACGGUGGCUUUGUAACUCCUUUUGUCAACCCGAGCCUGGUGUGGGACUUCAAGCUUCCCAAUGUUGUGUCUAUUAAUGUAUCAGGUCAUAAGUACGGCUUGGUGUAUCCUGGUAUCGGUUGGGCUUUGUGGCGAUCGGCCGACUAUUUACCCAGAAAAUUGAUCUUCAACAUCAACUAUCUUGGUGCGGAUCAGAUGAACUUUACUCUCAACUUCUCUAAGCCCGCAUCUCAUAUCAUUGCGCAAUACUAUCAAAUGAUCCGUCUUGGAGAACGAGGUUAUAGUGCCAUUAUGAGCAAUCUCACUCAUACAGCUGAUUACCUAUCGAAUCAACUCAGCGAUCUCGGUUUCUCCAUUAUGAGCGAUGGCAAUGGGAAAAGCCUCCCUGUUGUCGCAUUUCGCCUCGCCUACAACAUGGCAGCGGACUGUGAGACCAUGAGCAUGAUGCGUGUUGUUGUGCGCGAAGAUUUCAGUCAAAGUCGAUGCGACAGCCUAGUGCAUGAUAUCAAAUGGGCGUUGAAAGCUCUUGCAAAGCAGGAAGUUCUCAGUAUUGAACGCUAUCAGGCGUAA